AUUACCUUCUUCUUUCUCUUUCUCUCUCUAGCGUUAUCUCUUUCUUAUAUUAAUCAUCUUCUUCUUCCUCAUUUCUUCUCUCAUUUCAGCUGCUCGCUUACUUGCAAAGUGAACUCGCACAUCUGAUUUCGUUGAAUUAGUUGACGAUUUCAGUGUUUUUUUUGUUUCCUUUCAGGAUUGACAUCUCUAUUUGAGUGAGCUUUGUAACUUGAUUUGUUGAUUCAGGUACUUCUAACUUCUGUUUUUCUCUCUGAUUUUCCCCUGUUUUCCCCUGUUCUUCGUUGAACUCAACUGGGAGUGUUUCAUUGUUUCGACUAUUUGAAUCUCUUUCCGCCAUAUCCGAUUGGGCCAACGAAUCCUAUAUCCUUCCCAUUUUCUGGUUUUUUUUCUUGGAAAAUGCAGUGAAUCGUUUUCUGGUUCCCCAAUUAAAAAAUACAAGAAAAGAGGUAGAAACAGUGAGAAAUAGAAGAGAAAAUGGCGUCUUCUGAUAACCUAUCGAGUCUAGUAGAACCCUGGGCGUUCCGUCCCUUCACGGACUCAUGGAUCUCUGAUGCCUUCAUUCGUGAUACUGAAACCCUAACCAAAGCCCUCCAGAAAUCUCUCUCGGAAGAGUCCAAAACCCUAACAACCGAUUCUAAUAGCGCUUUAGUUCAGCUCUUGAAGUCCGAUCCGGCACCAACACCCACAUCGACCAUGUCGGGAUCAGACCCUGAAACGGCACCGAAGCAGCAGCAGCAGAACCGCCGGAACAACACGAUCGGCACCGCCGGUGGAAAGAUCUCGAAGCGCAAGUCACGUGCGUCAAAGCGGUCACAGACGACUUUCAUCACAGCCGACCCAGCGAACUUUCGUCAGAUGGUUCAGCAAGUGACCGGUAUUGGGUUCUGCAACCCACACGUGCCGGUUGACGCUACAGUAGUAGCACCACCGGUUUUAAAACCGGAGCCGCAGCGCCUGGGGAACCGGCUACAAAGCUGCUUGCCUACUCUCGACACGUCAGCGCUCUUGUUGGACCAUCACCCUCAACAGCAGCAGCAACAACACCACCACCAACAGAUUGUGGGUCCCACACAAGCAACGUUAGCGACGGGUCAUGUCUCAUUUGCGCCGGUUGCGGACGGUGGUGCAGGUUUAGAGUUUGAUUCCUUUCAGAGCUUCCCUACCUUGGAGUCAUGGAGAGUUAUGUAAGAAGAAGGAUUUUUUUUUUUUUUAUGGGUUUUGUUAUGGUAAUGCGGGUAGUAUUUUGAUCUUUCGUACUUCGUGAUGUACUGAAUCAUCAUCCACUGGGAGGUUCUCUGUUCAUACUUUUACUCCCAGUUAGGCUUGUCUAGCUAGCCGGUUUCUUCUUUCUUGUUUCAGAUCUCUAGUGGCAUUAUAGUAAUAUAUAGUAAAUUAAAUGACAUUUAUGUCAUUCUUGUUUC